UGUUAUUCAAACGUGUUACCGGAAUUUCCAUAUAACUAAGACCUGAUAUUACGAUUCUCCAACAGAUAGAUGUAGCGUUAAGUUGUUAGAUCAUUGGAUUUGUUUUAUAAAUCAAUCCUUCGCACCCAAUUUCCAGACAGAAAUAAGUGCUGCCCAAAUCCCAAUAAUCAGCCUUAUUUCUUAUUACCACAGUUAAUACUCCAUCCUGCUGAGUAGCAUCAAUCACUAUCGAAAUCAUAUCACCAAGGAAUUAUGGCCUUCACGAUGCAUUCCCACUCGGGCCAGUUCUGCCCUGGCCACGCAAAAGACCAACUUGAAGACAUCGUGAAGCACGCCAUCGGUCUUGGUUACACCACCCUCGGGCUCACAGAGCACAUGCCGCGGACCGCCCCUGAGGAUUUAUAUCCCGAGGAACUCGACAACCCAGAAGGCUCCCUCGCAGAGCUCUUCCCGCGGCACGAGGCAUACCUCUUAGAGGCCCAACGCUUGCAAGUCAAGUACGCUUCUCAAAUCCACAUAUUGAUCGGUUUCGAGGGCGAGUGGCCGCGGCCCGCCUACGCGUCCAUUGUGACGCAGCUCGCUACUCACCCUGGCAUCGAUUACUUCAUCGGCAGCCUGCACCACAUCGACGGGAUUCCUAUCGACUACGAUGCCUCGUAUUAUGCGCGGGCCAUCGCCUCUGCCGGGGGCUCUGAGGAGCUGGCCGCGGAGCGAUAUUAUGACCAGCAGCACGCUAUGCUCAUAGCUCUCCACCCGCGCAUCGUCGGCCACUUCGACCUUGUAAGGCUUCUAUCCUCGGAGCCGGGGCGUGACAUGCGGACUUCUUGGCCGGGAGUCUGGGACCGAGUGUGCCGUAACCUGCGGGUUGUAGCCGAGUACGGCGGGUGGUUGGAGUGCAACAGUAGUGCGUUACGCAAAGGGCUUAUAGAGCCGUAUCCGGCACGACCGAUCGCCGAGGAGUGGCUGCGAUUAGGGGGGCGGUUCACGCUCUCAGAUGACAGCCACGGCAUCGCGCAGGUAGGCACUAACUACAGUCGCGCACUUGAGUAUCUGGCUAGUCUGGGCGUAACUAACUUAUGGACUCUACAACGGGAUCCUCACCCGGGACUAUCGGCUAAGGGUGAAAAGGCCAAGGUAGUGGAAGUAGCAGUCUUACUGGAAAGCAUUAAGGCCGUGGUGAGUAAGUGGUGAUGAUCGUGGUUGAACACGAGUAAAAGAGACGGGGAAAAUACAGAUUUCUUUAAAGGGGCUAUAUUAUAUUUGCGGGAUUCGUGAGGUCUAAGAAGGUAAAACGACCGGGAGAAAAGGGGGUUGAGUAGUUGGUUGUCCAUAUACCCGUCAGUAGAAAAUAGAAUAAAGGUGAAGCAAAAUCUAGGCCAGUUUCUUAAUAGAUUUUUCUUAUUCCGAUUUCACAAA